AUGGUGUGGCCCUUCAUUUGUAUAGUACUACUCAUAUGGUACAUAGUCAUCGUCAUCAUAGCAUAUAUAGGAUUCUUUGAAAUCUUAGGUAAUUAUCGAAGUAAGAAGUAUUUAUCUUUAGAAACGUUUGAACCUGUCACCAUAUUAAGACCCAUUAAAGGUAUUGAUCCAGAAUUAGAAUCAUGUUUAGAGAGUUCAUUCCUUCAAGAUUAUCCCCAUGAUAAGUUAGAAAUCAUAUUCUGCAUUGACGACAAGUCCGAUUCUUCCAUUCCCAUUAUAAAUGCUUUGAUCGCCAAAUAUCCAAAUAUAGAUGCAAAGAUAUACUAUAGUAAACAUGAAAAUGGCCGAGUUUUAGAUCAUUAUGGUCCUAAUCCUAAGGUUAACAACUUAUCCAAGGGAUUUUUGGCCGCCAAAAAUGACAUUUUGUGGAUUAUGGAUUCUAAUGUUUGGGCAUCUUCCAAUAUAUUGAAAAAUUCCAUCAAAUCAUUGAAUGAAAAUUUAGUCAAUGGUGGAAUCAAAAACGUCAGUAAGUAUUCUAACUUACGUAAAGUCAAGUUAGUUCAUCAAGUUCCUUUGGCAAUGGCUAUAAAUAAAGAUAAAUCGAUUUUUAGUAAACUUGGAUCAAAGUUAGAUGAGAUGUUCUUAUUCUCCUCCCAUUCAAAGUUUUACGUGAGUUUGAAUAAGUUAAACCCUGCUCCAUGUGUUAAUGGGAAAUCCAAUAUAUUCCGUCGGUCAGAUUUAGAUAAUGCCGUUGCUAAGAUUCCUUAUGCUGAUAAUGUAUUUUUCAAAGAUUUAGUCAUCAAACAAUCAGCUAGAGAGAUCUCCCAACAAGGGCCAGGUAAUUCCCUUAAAUUCUUUGCCAAAUAUAUCGGUGAAGAUAAUAUGAUAGCUAUUGCGUUAUGGGAAUUUUUAUUCUGUAGAACUACGUUAACCACGGAUUUAGUAAUUCAACCAUUGAAUAAAUUAGAGAAAUCAAGUCAUGGAGUUCUGGAAUACUUUAAAAGACGUAUACGGUGGUUAAGAGUCCGGAAAUAUAUGGUUUUCAUGGCUACCUUGAUAGAACCAACCACCGAAUCAAUUGUCUGUGGAACUUUCGGAUCAUUAUCUUUAAGUUACUUCUUAUGGGAUAAAUGGUUUAGUAUGAAGUUUUUCAUCUUUCAUAUGAUCAUUUGGUGUAUUACCGAUUACAUCCAAUACAUAAUAUUAAUCAAUAACAUCCAAUCUGGUGAUAAACCCUUUUGGUUCCAUUUCCAUGAUGAGACUUCAGAUAAAUUAGUUUGGUUAUUUGUUUGGAUACUCCGAGAAGUAUUUGCUUUGCCUAUUUGGAUCAUGGCUAUGAUGGGUCAAACUAUAGAUUGGAGAGGUAAACCAUUUAUAAUUAAACGUGAUUUAACUGCGGAGGAAUUAUAA